AUGCCUCGAAACAAGGAGUUCAGGGAGUACCGGGACAAGUUUGGAACCACCAGGAAAGCAACCUCAGACAAGUUGACUCAAGUGUGGACCCUCAACCGCCGGUACAGACUUGGGAUCUUGAAAGAACGAAAAUUCAGAAUCCUCGACGAAGGGAGGAACAACUCGGCUCUCGCUCUUGCAAAGGGGAACUAUCAGGAGCGCGAUUUGUUCUGCUUCAAGCUCCACAACGGCAAGCACCUGAUCAAGGACACAGACAAAGUCACGCUUGCAUUCCACAACGAGGAGGAAGCGCGAUUGUGGUACACAACUUUCCAGACAGUCAUUGGGGAUCUUGCUGCCAAAGCUGCUGCUGAGCCGAGGAGUGGGUCUUCCAACCAACCAGACACACCAGCUCUGCAGCGAGGCCAGCGCCCGCGCAUCUCUGUGAUCACUCCCUCCCUUGACACUGACGGCGAUUUGGGCCAGUCCCCAGACUCUGCCACGCCGCCAGCCAUGUCGGCGGCCCCCUCCUACUUCUCAGAGGGUCUGGACAUGAGUCACUUGGAACAGCCAUCCAUGACAUGCCCAACAGAUGUGCACUCUCCCGGGAUGGACAUGACUCUGUGGGAGGCGUGGUACUGCCACGACGGCGUCACAGUCUUUUUCGGCACAAGCGAGGAGAACGAGGAUGUGAUUAUGGUCUCCCUCAUUGUCCAUGCGCCACCCAGCCUUGUGACUGAGGUGCUGCUGAAGAAUGACAUCCUUCGCAGCGCGUCCAACAUUGGGCUGCAGUCCUCGCGCGUGCUGGAGCAGGCGGACGACCACACCGUCAUUUUCACUGGGCGCUGGGUGCCCGGCGGCUGGGCCGCCACCCUGCUGGCCCCCAGAGAUGUGGUGGUCAAGCGCACCUGGAGGAGGGAGGACGAUGGGACCUAUGUGGUGCUGAUGCAGAGCAUAGACCACCCAUUGGUCCCCCGCACAGACCCGCCCUUCUACCAAUGGACCUCUCCCAUCCGCGCAGAGAUUGAGUUCUCUGGGUACACUCUGGCGCCCCUGCAAGCUCAGUAUGCCAACCAUGCCAGCAGCCAGGAGACCCUCAUCACGCACGUCAUAAAGGCUGACAUGGGCGGGUGGGUGCGGCACAUGCUGACAACCAGCCUGCCGCAGCCGCUGCUGAGGUGGAGCUCCAUCUGGUACACCGUCAUCAAGCCAGUCGUGCACCACAACGUCAUGCUGCGCAACCGGGCGGAGGCUGAGCGGUUCGUGACGCGCCCAUUCCUGAUGGGCUCCAACGAGGCGCCGCCCCCGACGCCCUCGCCCUCAAACACAGCUGCCGAGCGCCUGGCGCGCACCAGCCGCCUCGCGAGCCGCAAGACCACCUCCAUCUUCACACCCGCCCAGGUGGAUGCACCAAGCGAGGAUGGGGCGGCACAGGAGGGUCCGUCGGAGAGCGAUGGGCUGCUGGCAGAGGAGGCGCCUGAAGCCGACCCGACUGCCUGCGCCACCGGCACUUGCGACAAGCAGUUCUGGAGCUGCCCCGGCAACGCAGGCUUCAAGGUGCGGGGGCCGAACUAUCUGCGCGACAAGAAGAAGGUGCUAGCAGACGACCCUCUAUUUGCGCUGGCGGCUGUGGACCUGCUGGAGAUGGAGACGCCAACCUUCCACAUCGCCCGCUACCUGCCCUCCCUCAAGAAGAGCAAGGCACCGUUCACGUUCAUUGUGAACAUCAUGGUGCCCUCGGCGCAGCCCUUCUCCCUCGUCAUGUCUUGGGCCGCCGACGCCGAUCAGUCUGGAUCGAGCGGGCUGUCGAGCCUGCCGACACCGCGCGGUGGGAGCGGCCCCGGCAGCCUGGACGAGGGCAGCGACAACGGCCGCGCCUCCGACCCCGACUCCCCCUUUGACCUCUCCCUCGCUAGGUUCUUGGCGGGGGGCGACAGGGAGCGCAACGCGACGUUCAAGCUGAUCCCGCGCGUCACGCAGGGGUCGUGGAUCAUCAAGCAGUCCGUGGGCACCACGCCCUGCCUCCUCGGCAACAAGCUCACCGCCAAAUACUUCCAGGGUGAUGGGUACGUGGAGGUGGACAUAGACGUGGGAUCCUCGAGCGUGGCGGCCACAGUGGUGGGCCUGGUGCAAGGCGCCACCAAGAGCCUCGUCGUGGAUAUGGGCAUUGUCCUGGAGGGCCACACCCGCGACGAGCUCCCAGAGUCCCUCCUCGGCACGGUGCGGUUCAGCAAGGUGGACUUGAGCACAGCGCAGUACCUGGACACUGCGACUGGCCGCAUCGGCCCCCGCCCUGGGAAUCUCACCAAGAUCACGAGCAGGGACAGAAACAAGCAGAAGGAUAUUUGA